UAUGUCAGCUGAAGAUUAAAAGAUUAAAUUUUGCAGAACCAACUAACACCAUACAUAURUAACCACAAUUGUUUAUUGUUUGUAUAACAGAUACAAUUGAUAAAAUCAUUAUGGAACAAUUAAACAACUCAGUUGAAGUGUUAAAUACUGUAAAAUCGAUUGUACAUCACUUAAAUAUAGUCAAYUUAGCUAAUAUGACACAGAAAAUGAUUGCUUUGCCAAUAAAUAAUGUUAAACUAUUUGAAGAAAUUUCAGAUAUAAUAUUUGAUCGAGCUUUAAAAAGACAAAAUCUUACACAUAUAUAUGCCCAGAUGUGUGCAGCUAUGAUUAAUAAUUCCAAGUUUAAUAAGGCUGCUUCAGAUWCUAAAAUAACAUUUCAAAAAGUUCUAUUACAAAAAUGUUCUAAUGUAUUUUAUACUUCAACAAAGUAUCAACAAGAGUUAGACAAAUUAAAAGAUAAGAUGAAAAACAAUAAUAAUAUGGUACCAGAGACGUUUAUAACCACUUUGAAUAAUUUUCAAUUUGAAUUUAAUAAGAGAUCCACAUGCAAUUGCAGAUUUAUUGGUGAACUAUUUAGAAAGGGUGCCUUUCCAGAAAAAAUUAUAUUAUCAUGCAUUACAGAUUUAAGCAAAGAAAAAAAUGAACUAGAAAUGCAUUGUUUAUGUAUAAUACUACAAUUAGCAGGACCAAUAUUAUCAAAAACACAUGAUUUGAACUUACCAGUAAACAAGCUUGUAUCCUCUGUAGAUAACCAUGAUAUGUCAUCGACACUAAAAUGUUUAAUACUCCAAGUACAGAAAAUGCAUUCUAAAGGUUGGAUAAAUGAGGAGCCUGUCAAGAUUGUCAACAAUUGUUUUUCAUUUAAUGAGUUACCAUCACAAUUUAAAAGUGUGUAUAGAUUAAAAUCAUAUAAAAUUAUGGCUGAGUGGAUUUUUGAUGAAUGCUAUGAUAUUCUUUUCAAUUUUUUCAACAAAAAUAAAACUGAUGAAGUUAUACAGUUAUCAGAAAUGAACAGUACUUGGAUUUUCUAUGAUCCAGUAUCUUUUGUUGUAUCAAUGAUUCUUGUAGCCCUAGAGGAAAACCAAAACAUAAGAAAUUAUGCUGGAAAACUUUUAGAUAAUCUUAAUAAAAAAAGAUUGUUAUCUAAACAUUCAAUUCAGUUAGGAGUCAAAAAAGUAUUGAAUGAUUCGGGCAUAAAGAAAGAGUAUCCACAUCUCUUAAAUUUAAUUUCAGAUAUAACAGAUCACUCUAAAUACUUUGAACCUUAAA